AUGAAAUAGAUACUUUCAUAAAGCUUUACACAAGAAGUGCUGCCUACAUUAUUUAGAGAAUAAUCGGAACGUCCAAUUCUUGGGCAAAAAUAAUAAGUCUAGAAAGAGAAAUAAGGAAAAGAUCUCUAUGCCUUAAUAGUUGAUUAAUAAAUGAUUAAAUAGAUAGAAAUAGUAGAAAUAUUUAAGGAAGAAGAUCAUGAAUCGAUAUAUAAAAAACAUAUAGUAAAUUAUGUUAUUUAAAUAAAAACUGAUUAUUUUGAUUACACCAUUCCUAAAAGAUAUUCAGAGUUUGAGAAAUUACAUGAAUAAGUAAUUCAUAAAAUUAAUAUUAGCUUCAUUCAUAUUUAAAAACAAUGCCAAAGUUCCCAUAGAAAACUUUAAUUUAAACAAAUUCAAGAAAAAUUAUAGCUUAAAGAUAAGACAUGCUUUAAUGUAAAGAAUAUAAUUAUUUUAAAGAGUUUUUACAACACCUUUUAAAACAUUUAGAUCAUUCUUUGUAUAUCUUUUUAGAUUUCUUAAAUAUUAAAGGUAGUUAUUUAUUGUAUAAAUAAAAAGAAUAAUUUUAAAAAGGCGGUUUUGAUUAAAAUGUUAAACUACAUUAAUUCAGUAGAGAUGAAAAUGCAUUAAAAGAUCUUUUAGAUACUAGUCCUAAGAAAAUAUAACCAAAGAAUGAACCAGAAUAAAUGAUAAUCCAUUAUUUAAAAAAGUUGAAUGAAAAAAUAGAUGAGAGAGGCAAACUCUUUUAGUAUUAAUUAAUAAAAAAAAUAUAGAAAAAUGGAAAAAUAUUGUUUUGGUAAAAUUUAAUUAGUAUCUCCUACUAUGUUAAAGGUAUUAUUUAUAGGAGAUGAUGAGAGAGAACUUGAUGGAAUAAUGUAAGCAUUAUCAAUCCAAAAUAAUGAUAUUUAGAGUCAUAUUAGUUGCAUUAACGGUUUUUAGUUUUUUCGCAAAGUUUUAGAAUAUGAUUAUAAUCCAAGUAUAUCAAACAUACUUAAGUAGAUGCCGAAUAAGCACUAAAGUAAUUUGGAGAAAUAACCAUUAAACAAUUUAAAAAGAUAAAGAUUUAAUCACAUAUAUGUGGAUAAUAAAAAAAUUGUAAACAAGAUUCAUUAAUACUUUUACAUAAAUAUAUAAAUCAAAAUCAAUUAAAAGAUUAAAUGAUUAAAUAUUUAAUUGAUGAUGAUGAAUGUUUAUAAGAAUAUGAAUAUUUUGUUCAGACUCAUAUAAAUAAAAUGAUAGAUGAAAUUAAAGUAAAUAAAGAUAGUAAUGAAAAUCUUUAAGAAUUUUUGCCUACUAAAUCUAAUUCUACAGAACAUGCAAUCUUAGAAUAAGAAUCUACUAUUGAAUAAUUAUAUGAAAUAAGUUAAAUGAAUUUAAAUUGGAAAUUUGUUUAAGGUAUUAUUAAAUAAUAUAAAUUAUAUUUUAGAAUUUGAAAAUCAUUUCAUGUAUCAUCUAUCUGGUUAAUUUGUAAAAACUAUUCAUCCUCUUAAUUGUUCAAUUGAUAAAGCUAUUAUUAUCUUUACAGAUCUCAAAAUCUAAUGGUUUCAUGGCAUGGUAUAAAAAGAUAUAUUAGAAUAAUAUGAUCAAUUUAAAAGUUUAAUUGUUGAAUAUUAUGUUUGGGAAGAUAAAUCAACAUUUAAAAAAAUGGCAUUUAUAAGUGAAUAAGAAAUUAUUAAAAAUAAUGAUUUACUUUAUUAAAUUACUAUUGUUCCAAGUCCAAAACCAUUACCAAAUCACUACAAAAUUAAAUGUGAUUAAAAAGGUAUUAAUAAUUAUGAUAUCUAGGAUAGAAGAUGAGUUUAAUAUUUUUGAAAAAGAAAACAGAUGACUCUACUGAAAUUAUUGUCUAUUAAAAUAUUAUGGAUAAUACAUUUAGAACAGCAUUAACUCCUGUUAUUUUAAAAGAAAUUCCAUGGUUUAAUCACACAAUAACUAAAUUAAAAGCUCUAUUAUGA